CUUUUAUCCAUUUUCGCCAUAUUCGAUCGUCGAAUUCCACUGCUGUCCAAACCUCUGAACACUUGGCGAGGAUUUUUCUAUUUUUGCCGUUUACCAAAUCCAGCGGCCUUUUUUUCAUUUGAACCGAGACCUAAAUAAAGACGAUAUGAGCGAUCGAGAAGGGUCAUACAAUAGAGAUGGUCGUGACACUCCAUCUGGCAAGCUCUCUGAACAAUCUGAAGAAGAGAGAAAAGUAGUUUAUCACAACAACUACAUGGGAAAAGGAAGGAGUGAAUCUCGAUCACCAUCGAUCCAUAAAUCUAAACGGAAAUAUUCACGAUCGAGGUCACGUUCAAGAUCGAGAUCACACCAUAAGGGUCGACGAUCGUCAAAGUACCGUUCGAGAUCCAAGUCCCCAAGGAAAUACCGUUCUUCAAGAUACUCGAGGUCACGGAGCUACUCGAGAUCGAGGAGUGGUGGCUCCUACUCACCCUUGCCUUACAGGGGAGGCCGUGGCAGGGGCCGCUCACACUCCAAGAGCCCGAUGUCUAACCGAAGGCGGCACAUCGGGAGCCGGGUAACGUACUACAACAGUCGGGACAACCCACAGCCGAGCAAGUGCCUAGGCGUCUUUGGCCUCAGUACACACACUUCCGAACAACAGAUUCAUCACAUUUUCAACAAGUAUGGGAAUGUUGAGAGAGUGCAAGUCGUCAUUGAUGCAAAGACGAACAAAUCGAGGGGCUUCUGUUUUGUGUACUAUGAGAACUAUGAAGAUGCCCGUGUGGCCAAGGAACAGUGCACAGGAAUGGAGAUUGAUGGCCGCAAAAUUAGGGUGGACUACUCAAUCACACAGAAGGCCCAUACUCCCACCCCUGGAAUCUACAUGGGCAAACCUACCUACUCUGAUGAAAGAUAUAGGAGGGAGACAAGAGAUUAUGGGGAUUAUUACAGUAGCUACCGAGGGGGUGGCCGGUACAGGUCUCCAUCACCGUACGUCUCAAGAAGACGGCGAUAUGAUCGGUCCAGGUCACGCUCAUACUCACCAAGACGUUAUUAAUCUAAUGUAUAAAACCCCAUCUGCGCCUAACGUGAGGUCAGUUUGAGUUAUGAAAAACCCCAAAAGGAAAUUAUUCGUGAUAAUGUGGACUGUAUAUAAGGGCAAAAACAAAGCGGAAAAUAAAACUGCUAUAAUCUUCCCCCAUUUGAUGAAAAAGCAUUUUAAGGAGACAAGCAUUUUCCAGUGCAUCAAGAGAAAGAGAGUGGAAAAGAAGAAAUUACAGAAUGGUUGUUUUUCUUUAGUUUACUCCAUUUUUAUUUUGUGUUAUUUUUCCCUGUGUUCCAAUGAAAUUGCUUUUAAAAACAUUUUUACGUAAUUAUGACUUCAUACAUUUCCCCUUUUUUCAUUUUUUACAAUGUAUGUUCCUUAUUAAUUAUAAAAUAAUUAAUUUUUUUUAAACAAAAUAAAUUGAUUUGACAUUUUCUUGUUUUUGUACAGUAUUUUUUAAGAAUUGAGCACUGUAUUUUCUACUUACGUUUUUUAUAGAUUAAGAAAACAAUGUGUUACCUUGAUAAAAGAUAAUAGUUUUAUAUGUUCUUUUUAGAAUUGUUUAGUUUUCUCAGAUAUUUUCCAUUUGUAUAUUACAUAUUUAUAGAAACUCACUUUUGUUAAUCUUGUAAAUAGGUUUUUUUUAAUUUAAUUUUUUUUUUGUGUUAAAUGUUCUGCUAAUUAUUUAGUUCUCAAGAUAGUAGAAUUGCCUUCUUUAAUAAGCUGUAUUUUAAGGCUUUAUUUAGUCUAAGUGACUUCCUGAAAUUUGUAUUUUAAAGAAAAUAUCCUUCCAAAAAGUACAAAAUACUAAAAAAAAAACAAUUAAAAAUCAAGUGAGACAUUUAUGACUGAAUCAUAAAUGUAUGUAGUUGCACUUUGUGCAUAAUGUUUUCAUAAAUGUCACACUGUAUCUGUUACUGGAAAAUAAGUAAUAAAGAGUAUAAACAACUAA